AUGAGUGCAGUUUCUUCCCCUGGAGCUGUUCCAGAAAAGCAAGCAAAGCAGGCCAAAAAGGAAGGAGACAAGCCCACCACCCAAUCUAAGGGAUCGGAAGAUGGCAAGUCGAAGCCAGAAUCUAGUAAUGGUGAUACACCAUCAGGUGGACUUUCCAACAAGGAAUUAAAGGAAUUAAAGAAGAAGGAAAAGGCUGCCAAAAGAGCUGCUCAAAAGGAAGCUAGUGGUAUCUCACCAGAACAACAACAACAAAUUGCGGAACAGAAGAAGGAUAAGAAGAAGAAUGCAGCUGCUGCCGCCACAAACACCAACCUUAAGAAACAAUUGAACCAAACUUUGAUCAAGGAUGCCGCCGCUCAAAAGAAAAUACCUGCCUUAUUUAGUCAUUUGGAAACUAGAGAACAAAGAAAUGCCUCUUCUCCAUCCAUUUCGCACAUUGUUCAUCCAGCGAUCUUGUCCUUAACUUUGAAGUACUCCACCUACAAGAUUGUCGGAUCCAUCCCACGUUUGAAGAGCAUGAUGCAAGCGUUCCAAGUGGUGAUUCGUAGUUAUGAGACUCCGGUCAACACAACUUUGACCAGACAUUUGACUGGACAUUUAUCACAUCAAAUUGAAUACUUGAAGACGGCUCGUCCACUUUCUAUUUCAAUGGGUAAUGCCAUCAGAUGGCUUAAACAAGAAAUAUCACAUAUAUCAAUUGAUACCUCUGAUGAGUUGGCCAAGGAAAUCUUAUGCGGCAAGAUCGAUGACUUUAUCAAGGAAAAAAUCGAACUUUCUGAUAGACUUAUCAUUGAGUAUGCAUCAAAGCAUAUCACUAACGGCUCCACGAUAUUAACAUAUGGACACUCGCAAGUUUUGGAAGAGUUAUUCAAAUACUGUGUGUUGGAACAAGGUAAGAAGUUCAACUUGAUCAUUGUGGAUUCUCGUCCAUUAUUCGAAGGUAAGAAACUUUUGAACAAUUUAUGUGACACAAUCAUUGGUGAAGAAUCUACAUCUGAUGAUGCUGAAUCUAUUGGUAGUAGAAGUAGUAGAAGGGGUUCUGGUGGAAUUCCUAUCACCAAGGAACACAUCAAGGUUCAAUACACUUUGAUUUAUUCCUUAUCAUCGACCAUUUUGGAAGAUGUGGACUGUGUGUUCUUGGGGGCACAUGCGAUGUUAUCCAAUGGACGUCUUUAUUCUCGUGUUGGUACCGGACUCAUUGCCAUGAUGUGCCACUCUAGAAACAUCCCAGUCUUAACCUGUUGUGAAUCCAUCAAGUUUUCUGACAAGGUUCAAUUGGACUCUGUAACUACCAACGAACUUGCCGACAGUGAUGAUUUAGCACAAGAGUUUGAUCUUAAGAAACCACCACAAAAGAAGUCAUUUGCAUUGGAACAGUUUGUCAAGUCCUUUGAUGAUAAAAAGAAAAUUGAAGAAAAUAAUAACAAUAAUAAUAAUAAAAACAAACAAAACCAAAAGCAAAAAUCCAACGGUGGCUCGGGACAAGAUGGAACCAUUGCAGAACAAGAAGAAUUCCCCCUUAAGAAUUGGCAAACUACUCCAAACUUGAACAUCUUAAACAUUAUGUACGAUCUUACCCCUCCAGAAUACAUCAAGAAGGUUGUCACCGAAUUGGGAGCAUUGCCUCCAUCUUCUGUUCCUGUGAUUUUAAGAGAAUACAAGAACACAUAA